CGUAUUCAACUCAAGGGUUUUUAAAUUAGUGUUUAGAUUAUACUGACAAUAACUACAACUUUCUUGAUUUCCACAUCCAGUCACAUAAUAAACAACGUUUGUCCUCUUGACGUUUUUGUGUUGUAAACAUGAAUGUUGUUUAUUUACUUAGGCAUUUUUCUUCUUUUAUUAUAAUUUUAAAUCAAUCUUUAUUUUAUGGUUCAAUAAAUAGUCACAAAACUUGAAAAUGCCGAAAAAAUCAAAAGGAAAAUUCAAGCCCUAUUGCAGAACCAUGCUUAAUUGCGAUGGAGCUGAAAUCUACAGAAAUCCUUCUGUUGCUUUGGAUGGAACUGAUCCCAAGAUGUCCCUUAAGUAUCUUAAAGAUAUAUUUCAAGGAAAAAUUGAUGAAGAUGUCAUAACUAUGGUGUUUUCUGAAUGUGCUUAUGACGUGGAGCAAGCUGUUGAAACUUUAAUGAAGCUUAGUAAUACUGAAGAUACGACUAGCAUAUCAUCAUCAGUUAGUGAAGAUUCAAGAAACAGUGAGAACUAUGCCUCACAAGUAUCAGAAGAUGAAGUAUCAAAUCAAUCUAAAGAAGAUUCUAAUUUAAAGGACAGCUUUUCUAAGUAUCUUUCUAAUGUAGGAAGUGUCGAUUCAUUCUCUGCAACACCAAUAAAUGAUUCAAUGUAUGCUUCUAAGAUAAAGACACAAAUGCAGGGCACUUACCCUUCAAAUGUAAUGUUUCAGGGACAAAAUAUGGGAUUUCCAUGUCCAUAUCAGUCCAUGCCUCAGUAUAGUAAUUUUUAUGAUCCUUGUCUGAGUUAUUGUCCUCCAAAUGAGUCUCAUAAUUUUCCUCCUAGUGGUUACUCUCAGCAAUUUUCAUCUGCACCUUACAUGAACUAUGUUCCGCAAUUUGUAACGCCUUUUGCAAGAAACUCCUCCUCUGCAUCUUUAAAGUCUCCUGAUAAAAAAGAAAAUUUCACCAAUGGUAGUUCUAAAAGCUCAAAUCAAGUCAAAUCUCCCUUUAAAACCUUUGAGGAGAGAAAUAAGAAGGAUAGUAUUUAUAAAUCAAUUGUUAAAAAAAUAAAAUCAAACUUGCGUGUUUUGAUUAUUUUGCGAGGUUUACCAGGCAGUGGUAAAAGUAGUUUAGCUAAAAAACUGAAGCAUUCUGGUGUUAUAUUAAGCACGGACGAUUUUUUUGUGCACAGAGGUAAAUAUAUUUUUGACUGUACAAAACUUGAUGAAGCCCAUGCUUGGACAAAACGGCGUGCACAAAAAGCUUUUGUUGACGACAGAUCUCCAAUUAUCAUUGAUAACACUAAUACAGAAGCUUGGGAAAUGUUUCCUUAUGUUGCCUUUGGUAGAAAAUAUGCUUAUGAAAUAUUUAUUUUGGAACCAAAUACUCCUUGGAAGUUUAGACCCAGAGAUUUGUCGUUGAAAAAUACUCAUGGUGUUCCAAAGGAAAAAAUAAAGAAAAUGCUUGAAAGAUAUCAGCAUAAUGUCACUGUAGACUCUAUAAUACAACAUUUAGAUAGCUUAAACAGGCCAGCAGAAAACUUAUCUAGAAAGAGUAUUCCAUCACAAAUAGAAGACAUUGAAAAGUACCAGCAAAUAUUGUUAGACAGCGUUUCUUUCGAAGCCGUCAUUCACCAUGAAGAACCAUCUAAGGCGGAUGAUGUUCCAAUGCCUUUGCAGUCAGAUCAGCAAUUUAAUAGUUGUACUCAAAAUUUUAAUGAAGGUUUGUUAGACGCAAGGGAAAAUGUAAAUAAUGUUGAGAGUAUUGUCUCUGACAAAAAUCUAAGGAUUUCUAAAUGUGAGUCUUUAAAGAAUUUGAAAAAAUUUACAUCUUUAGUUGAAAUUGAUAGUGAGGAAACACAAAGUGCAAGUUCAUUGGAAGAAGUUACUCCUCCUCAAGACAAAAAAUCUAAGAAUGAUAAUAUUUUAUCUACUUUGCACUCUGAGCAGCAACCCUUUGAUUCUCCUAAAAAUCUAAAUGGAUCACUAAUUGAUGUAAGCGGAAAUAAAACUUUUGAUGAAAUCUCCCAUAAAGAGUUUAAUGUUGGUGGAGAUAAUAGUAUAAAAAGUUUAGAAGAAUUAAAAUCAUUAGUUGAAGUUGAUAGUGAAGAGACGCGUAGUGCAACCUCGUGCGAGGAUGCUGAUUGGGUUGAUAUCACUGAACAUGAUGAAGAUUUUUACUGGAAAGAUGUUUCUCAAAAUGAAUUAUCACUAUCAUUUGUGACCGAUUAUGAAAAUGAACCUGAAGACCAAAAAUGUAAAUCUGAUAGUUUAGAGCAUGAUUUAAACUUACAUUAUGAUACCAACAAUGGUAAUAAAAUAUCUUCAAAUUUAACCCAUGACAAAGUAAACCCAGAAUCAGAACUGAGUGAGAAAGUUAAAAGUCUCAGUUUUGUUGAAGAAAUGUUAACUAAAAAUUCAAAUCACAUUGAGUUUGGAAAUGAGAAUAGCCCUCUUGAUUUGAGUUGUGUUAAAGUUACAAAAAGUAUAUCUCUGAAUAAUUUAAAUAAGCAUAUAAUUUCUCAUCCUGAAUCCAAUAUAAAAAAUAUUAGCGUUGAUUCAGUGAAUAAGAAUGCAGAUAAAAUAAGCUGUUCUCUACCAAAAAGUUUUCCAUACGUAAAUCAGCCAAUUUUACUAAAUUUUAAUUUAAAUGAAACAUCUCUGAAUAAUCAAACUUCAUCUAAAGAUAAUGUAUGUGCAAAAAAUGAUAAAACAAAUGGCAUAAAUUUAAGAAAUAAGAACCUACAAGAUAGUAAUUAUUUGGAUAUUUCAAAAGCUCCGAAUAGUGCUUUAUUUACUGACAUUAAUGAUGAUGCUAAAAAAUUAUUCCCAGAGUCUGAAUCAUUUAAAAAGGAUUCUACUAACAAAUAUCGUUUUGCAUCUUUAACACCUUCCAAAUCGCUUGAAAUUUGUGAUCCUAAGCCACCAAGGUCUAACAAAAGAACUAACUCAUCCAAAAGUCUUGAUAGUUUUGACCAAGAUAAACAAGUAUCCAAUUCCUUUAUGCUAGAAGAAUGUCAAGAAUGGGAAAGUGAAAAUGACCAUGAAUCAAACCUCACAGGUAGUCAUCUCGAGAUUAUAGAUAUUUUGCCACCAGUACCAAAACCUCCAAGAAAAAUCUUGGAUAAAAAAGAAAGUAGCAUUGGAGAAUUUAUUUCAAAUACUUCUGAAAAUUCUAUGGAGAUAGAAUCUAAGAAUAAUUUACCUGAAAAUAAAAAUUUAUCUAAUGUUCCUGAAAUUAAAAGAAGACCCUAUCUAUUUAAAGAUGCAAGUUUGCAUAUAGAUACAGAUUGGAAAUUUCCGGAAUUCAUACCCAGCCAUAGUAAAAAUGAUGACAUUCUUGUUGACACUACUGUUGAAGUUUGUGAAACAUCUACUCUCACAGAGCCAUCGGACUUUGUAAUCAUGCAGAAGUUAGAGGCAGGAGAAUAUGUCUCGAUGAAUUAUAAAAUCUUAAUCCCUUCCCUUGACUCAAUAUGUUGGCAAGAUACUAAUGAAAUGCAUUUUGAAAGUAGUGAAAAUAUAUCUCAAGUGGCAAAAUUUGAAAAAAGUACAAGUACUGAUGAUUUAGCUUUAGAAAUUGAAAAAUCAGAGAAACUAAAUCGUGUCCAAGAAUGCUUUCCUGAUGUUUGUGAAGAUGAUCUGUUACACCUUUUGGAUUUGUGUCACGGAAAUGAAAUUUGGUUGACAAAUUUGCUUUUAGAUUCUGGAUAUAAAUACAAUUUUACAAAUGUUAAUAAUGAUGCUACGAAAAUAGAAAAUAUUGACUCGUCUAUUACCGAACCAUCUCUUCCCAAUGCUAGUCAAUCCAUCAUGAAUAGUUCACUAAAUUUCCAAUCUAAUCAGUCAAGCCUUGACCUCAAGGAGAAGAAUGUUAAAUCUGAUUUUGUAAUUACUAAUGAAAUGUAUGAAAACUCAUCACCUAUUAAGCACAGGAUUCCUUGUCAAUUGAUGACAGAUGAUAAUUGCAAAAUUAAUUCUGAUGAAUCAAUUUCACAGUCAAAAUCUGACAUGACUUCUAUAAACAAUUUGCAGCUUUCUCUUGAUCCUGCUUUUGCUUACCAGUUAGAAGAACUUUUCGGUCCAGUUGUUGAAAGGGAGUGUAAUGAUUUCUUACUGCCAUGUCAAAGAAUUGUUCAAAUAGAUAUGAAAACUGCUGAACUUAUUCAUAAGUUGUGGAAGAAUAGUAUGGAAAAUGAUGAAAACCCGCCUGAUUCAAAUGGAACUAUAAAUAAAGACUCAAAAAAGAAAAGGAAACCGAAGCAAAGUAUUCUUAGCAAAGUUACACCUUCUCUAUCAGAACAUAGUGUUAAUGAGCCUCUAACUCUAACUGAAAUUAUGGAUAUGGAAUAUGCGUUAGAGCUUCACAAGAAAGAGAAGUUAAAGAAAGACAUAGACUUCUCAACUAAAUUAAAAAGGCAAGAGUUAUAUAAUUUGUAUCCUGGGGCUGAUCCAACUGCUUUGGAUGAAAUAUUUGAGUCUAACAACUACUCUAUAGUGAAUAGUAUAAAGGCAUUGGGGGAAGAAAUGGGAGAACAGAAGAUGGUGAUACAAGAGAGUGUAAUGGUAAACUACAAGAAACCUGUUGCACCUGCCCAGAAACAGGAAAAUAUCUUCAAUGAUUUUGUUAAUUCUGAUUGGAAAAAAUGGGUACAGUAUACGAAUUCUGAUUCUGGUAAAGAAGGAAUAAUUUCAUCUGCACCAACAAUUUCAUCAGAAGCUCUAGAACUGAGGCAACUUGCCACAGAUCAUUUCAAUCAACGUCAGUACUUCAUACAAAAAGCAAAAGAUGCUUUUCAUAGAGGAAUGUCGGAAGUUGCUUCUUUUUAUUCUCAAAGGGGUAGUGAACAUCAACAAAAAUUCAAAGAGAUAAAUAAAAUGGCUUCCAAAUUAAUUUCUGAACAGAGGAAUGAUUCCUUAUCUGCACAUGUUCUUGAUUUGCAUGGAUUGUAUGUACAGGAAGCAAUACCUCUUCUUGAUAAAUUCAUUCGUAAUUGGAAACAAGCAAUGCAAAGUCCACAGCAAACAAUUCCUCAAUCUAUUUCUGUUAUAACUGGUCAAGGAUUGCACAGCGAAAGAGGGGCAAAAUUGAGACCAUCUGUUAUGGAGUUCUUGAAAAAGACUGGUUUGGGCUUUUCCGAGGUUCAUCUUGGUGUUAUAGAUAUAUUCUUGAAUCCUGGUUGAAAAGGUUAGCAGUUACAUUAGCAAAGUUUGAUUUCAUUUGAAAAUUGUAAAUUAAUGUAUUUUUUAAUUUAUGUAAGUAAUGUAAUUAAUUGCAAUUUAAAAUGUUGAUUGUAAAAAAGGGCAAGUUGACAGAAAUUUAUUUACUUAUGAUGGUUAGAUGCUGAUGUGUUAUUGUUCAGCUAUAUGAACUUUUUUGACAAGAUGUGCAUGGGUAACUCAGGUAUUAGUUCUUAGAACAAAUUAAAGAAUAAUGUAAUUAUCUUCACUUGAUUUUAACUUUCGUUUUCAUCAGUAUUGUUUCCUUUACUUCAUUUCUUUUUCAAUUUUAAUUAUUCCUCAAUUUGCAAAAUAAUAAGUAACUGUUAUAAUACUGUAA